AUGUUAAUGUUCAGAGAUGUGGCUGAUUUAAUAAUCAGUCGCGAAUUUGUAUGGGGGAGAGGUGAAAAAGAACGUGCAUUAACAUUUAACCAAACAGCUCUACAAAAAUAUCUCACAUAUACAGAUUCCGACAAAGAGAUACUUGGUUUGACCACUAGCACUGUUAAUAUUCCGCCAUAUGGAGAUACGCUUCAGCUUGCGACAACAUUGUUAUUGCCAGGACUACCAGUAAUUUAUUAUGGAACUGAGAUUGAUGUAAACAGAGUCACUUCGCAAUAUCUUCCUGAAAGUAUUUAUCCGAAAGGAAAGAGUUAUAAUGAUGAACCAUUUGAUAAAUAUUCGUCUGUGUUAUCGCAUAUGCCAAUGCCAUGGGAUUUUAAUGGGAGGAGGUUUUCGGCGACAAUAAAUGAUUCGAGAUUUCGUGACUAUCUCAAUUAUUAUAAUAACAAAAAAGUUGUUGAAAGUGAACUUGCUGAAGGAAAUGACAAAUCCUUUCUUCGUCUUGUACAAAAAUUAGUAGCUUUACGUCAAAAUCCUAGUAUAAAAUGGGGAACAAUGGAGCAAAUAAAUAUUGAUCAAGAAUCUGUAAGUCAUGCUGAAGCAUUUGCACGAAAGGCGAAAGGUUUUCCAACAUUCAUUGUGGUAUUAAUAAAGUAUUUCAAGGAGGAUUAUUUUUUAGAUUUAACUUCUGUUUGUUUAUCAAUUACACCAAGGUCUACUAAAACGUCGAUCUACCUCCGGCGGGCUCGAGAACUUUCCUGUGAUGAUAUAUGCUCUCAACUUACUUCACUCUAUGCUUCUUUAUAUUUGCCCAUAAUGGAUGGGAAUUUGUCAGUUUUGUAUCCAGAUUGUAAUAUUCUCCCAUUUGAUUCUGUUAACGAUAAUCUGAUGAACUAUCCUAGGUCGUAUUCCAAUAGCUGUGGUCUAACAUCAAGCGCAUAUCUGAAUGAAUUCCAAAACGUAAAGGAUGAUUCACAAGAUUUCACACAGAAGCACAUGUCUGGUAGGAAAACGUUCACGUGUCCUAAGUGCAACAGUUUUUAUUCUAAAGACAACAACUGGUGCUCCAGCUGCGGAGAGCUACUAAUUGGCGCAGAAGUAUGUUCUCCAGGUGAACCAAAAUUCAUCUCAAAUGAAGUUUCAAAGACACAGACUAAUAUGAUGGAUUCGAGUAACCCUUUAUCUAAUAUUUCUUCAAGUGUACCCAUUAGUUUCAAUAUGUCUUGUGAGAAUGCUACACACUCGCCCAAUUUAGUUGCUUAUCCAUGUCAUCCAAUAUUACCCGUCGCUACAGAUGUAGCGUUUUCUUUACCAUCUUGUUUAGCGUCAGCAUUCUCACCAGGAAAUCUAAAUGCACAGAAUUCAGAGUGGAGCAAUUCAUCAUUCUCACCAUCAAAGCAGUUUGAUCAACUACGUCAUAACAAAGCAAACAUUCCUUUUUGUGUACCGGUUGACCCUUCAUUUUCGAGAUAUAAAAACUUUGGGAUUUUGCAGAAUGCCUCCUCUGAACAAAAACAGUAUCAAGUUGUAAAUAAUAACGAAUACACUGAUCCUAGCAACUUCAAAUUGUUGUAUCCUAAAGAAAAUGGUUUUACUCAAUCCAUACUAUGGAAUUCUAAACAUUUUAAUGAUGAUAAAAGUUGCAGUCAGUUUUCUCAUCUAUUUACCAAUGUUUCUGAUUAUCGUCAUCGUCGUACAUCUGGUCCAGGCAUGCAGAAUAAAUUAACGAAUGAUCAUAGUAGCUUGGAAAAUGUAUAUCAUGCUAACAGUAUCCCUUCCAGUUAUCAUCUAACUACCAAUACUUCACCAAUGAAUUUAUUGAUAAACACUUCCCAAGGCCAGUAUACAUUUUCAGAUAAUUGGUGGAAUAAUUCUUCAGCGUCACAGAUUGUAGCCGACCUUUUGAGGGAAACACAAAUUUCGGUUUCAGCUAACACUAAUAUUCCUCCUAAGUCAGCAUUAUACCAGCCAUGGCAAUACCAAGAAAUGAUUCCCUCAGCCAGUAAAAGUCCUUCAGCAUCACGCAAAGGUGUUCGCAUGCGUGGUGGAUAUUGUCGUCGUAAACACCCAUCUGAAUGUUCCAGAACUCAGCUUAAUAAUCCUACUUCUAUUCAAAAUCCAGCCAUCUGUCGUGCCCGUAGUUUUAGUUCAGAUUUUGAAGAUAAUAAUAACGGUGGUACUCAUUCGUCAAAAUUGCAACCCAAUCCUAAUUGGCAGUCAUCUAGAACAGCCUGGUCAGCACAUGAUCCUGCAGUAUUAAAAAAGAAACCUGCUGCAUAUUUAAGAGCAUCAUAUAGUCAAGGAAAUGUUGCUUCUGUUCAGCUUGAAUGUAAUACAAAUAUGAAACUAAAUUCAAAUAGUCAACCAGACAAAUCUCAGCAGUCACCUCUUCCGUGUUCAAACAGUAAGUCAUGUAGUCAAAAGGUCAAAUCGAACAACACUACUGGAUCAUCUCCAGACAAUCGUUCAGAAUGGAAUGAUACACAUGCCAAGUCAAAUCGUUGUCAUCAUCACCCACCAAGACGUAAUCGUCGUUAUAUAUCGAAGAGCCUUAGUGUUUGCAUGGAUGGUACAACAACAAACAGUCCAGUCGCUAGUAUACUGAAAGAGGGAAUUCCAACAAAUGUUCAUAUUAAUAAAAUUAGCGAACCUAAAAAUGAGUUUAUUACAUCAAACUGGCUACUGUUGCCCGAUGAAUUAUGGCUUGAAGUACUACGAUAUUUAAGUCCAGUAGAUCGUGUACGGGUUGCUCAAACUUGUCGACAUUUGUCCAGACUUUCAAUGGAUCGUUCAUUAUGGCGAGUCAUUCAUCUUCACCGACAACAUCAUUUGACUGAUGCAGAUUUAGUGAGAAUUGGAAAUCUUAAACCGAAAGAAUUACGUUUCACUUAUUGUCGUGGUGACAGCCUAACGGCUACAGGAUUAAAACGCAUGUUUCUUGUCUGUGGUCCAGGAUUACAAAAACUGUCAUUAAUCGGUUGUACUAAAGGACCAUUUGAUCAAGAUCUACCUUUGAGAAUAGUUGCUGAUCAUUGUCAUAAUUUACAACAUGUGAAUGCAAGUUAUACUCAAUCAGAGCGUUUAGAGUUGUUUGGAUGUUUUCGUUUAAAUUCAAGUAUAUUGGCUUUAUUGGGACAGUGUCAAGAAUUGAGAGCACUAGCAUUUGGACAUCUUCAUCAUUUAUCUUCGGAUGGUUUAUUAGAACUUGUCAGCAAACUACCUCAUCUUUCUUCACUUGAUCUACGAGGAACACAAACUUUCAGUGAUGAUAAUAAUCUUUCUCAGUUAGCAGCCAAAUGUCCUCAUUUAGAAGAAGUUGUUUUAGCUAAUAUGCAUUCUUUAAAACGUGAAACUGGGAUUGCCCAAAUGUUACGCCGUUUGCCUCGUUUGCGUGUACUCGAUCUGUGUGGUCUGGCCGCCGUUGGUGAUUUAACUAUGGAGGUUUUAGCCACCAGUUGUCCUCAACUAGAAGAACUUGAUGUCAGUUGUACUUCUGUUACCCAAAAAGGUUUAUUCCAUCUAACAAAUGCUCCUGCAGUAUGCUUAAAAUGUUUACGAAUUAGCCAUUGUAGAGAAAUAACCAGUGAUGUACUUGAAAAGUUGAUUGAAGCCUGUCCUAAAUUAACAUUAUUGUACGCCUAUGGAUUUGUUUCCAUUAAUGAUUGGGGCUUCCUUCAAAAAAUACGGCCUAGUUUAUUAGUGGAGAAAGGUAUUUAA